AUAUCCACAUCCUUUUUGCAGAAAAUAAUGCAAAUUCCGUUGACAAACAGCUUCUUUUGGAGAAAGAAGCUGAGGGACCAAUUUCAAUUUCAGUUCCGUUGUUGCCAGAUAAACUUGAACAGCCUACGUCAGCUUCCUCGGGGCCACCCUGUGCCCAAUGUCGCUCGGCUGUUGACGCAGGAGUCUGCAUUGUGGAUAAAUAUUAUCACGCAGAGUGCUUCCGAUGCACUGAAUGCAAACGACGAAUAAAGCUUCCCAAAUACGCUAUUACAGAAGGAAAUCUCUAUUGUGUGAAGCAUUUCAAGAAAUUGCUUGCACAGUGGAAGCCCUCAGAGGAGAAGUCCGACCAGAAACCCGAUUCAGUACCGGAGUUGCCAAAUCGUACGUCAACUAGUUCUCCUCACUUACAGCGAGAGCAAACACGACUUAUAAAUGCAGUCCACUGCGCCUCUUGCGGAAUGCAACUUCACGAAAGCAUUUAUCGAAAUGGGAGGCACUAUCAUCCCGAUUGUGUGGACUGUGAAGUGUGCGAUCGAACCGCAGGAACUGGACGGUUUGCGGUCCGUGGUAGCAAGAUAUACUGUUCAGAGCACGCUAAGAAAGAGUACCAACAGAAGGCAGCAAAACAACAAGAAGAACCUGUGAAGGUCCAUAAGCGGACUAAUUCUGACCAAGAAGACCGGAUCGCGGUCUCGAAUGUUUCAUUUGCAGACAGUCCAUUGAGGGUGGCCUGGUUGUCGAUGGAAAGAAUUAUCAUCCUUGGUGUUUUCGGUGUUCAAGGUGCCAUAAAAAACUCAGUUGGGUUUAAUAAAGAAUCCGCAGACAAUUCGGUUGGAAAGUUUAACAACGUACAACAAAGCUCUUUCCGGCAUAAUUUACUUCAGCAUGUCACGCUGACGUCCCCUUGUACAGUAUGCAAUUUCCCGGCGCAGGAAGGCUAUUGUGUUUUUGGAAAGGUCUAUCAUCCCGGUUGCUUCAAGUGUUCUGACUGCGGGAUGGAGCUGACCUUGAAGAAGUGUCGGAUAGUACAAAAUGCCUUUUAUUGUCCGAAGGAUUGUCGAAGGAUUACGAGUACAGCAAAACCACCACAAGAUGCAAUGUUGGUUUGA